UGGGCCUUGCUGGCUCUUUGGAUGUGCCUGCUGGCCACCGGGGCCACCGGUGAGUCCAUGAUCGAGGUGGACGAGAACGGGGACGAGUACGAGCUGAAGCGAUUCUACAUCCAGGGUCGUCAGCUGCGUGGCGAUGGCAGUCAGUCGCAGUGCGUGGUGACCAGGCGGAAGCGAUCGGGUCGUGGCAUUCAGUCGGGAUCAGUGGCACCAGGAUCGGUCUCGGUUAGUUCCCAGCCCCUGAGGGUGGAGGGUCUGCCGGCCAAGGAGCAUCGCGAAGGAGGAGCCGUUCUGCAGGAGGUGGAGAAUAGCAAUAGGCGGUUUGUGGCCCUGACGGGUGUUCACCUGGAGUCUCCUGUCCACCAACAAGAUGACCGCGAUGCGGAGGAGAACGAUGAUGAUGAUGAUGAUCAGGAGGAGGAUGAGGUGGAAGAGCAGUCCUCCAAAUCCCAGUCGAACUAUGUGCCCGCCGCCUUGGCCUUGCCCCUGCAAAGCCAGACCAGUGCUGCCCAUCUCAACCAGGGCGUCAGUGUGGUGGCCAAUGCGGCCAGUCAUGCCAAUGUGGGCGAGGAUGCCGGCAUUGUGGUGGUCCAGUCGCAUCAGCCACCCAAGGUCAAUCCCGAUACCCAUGCCGUCUUCGAACUGAAGCCCAUUCAGCCGGAUGUGGACCAUCACGCCCCUACCACUACUACAGUACUCUACCAGCCCUGGGAUGAGGAUGACUACGAUGAGGAUGAUUACGAUGAGGAGGACUACGAUGACUUCUAUUACGGCGGCAAUGGCUUCUACAGGGAUCAGCCUGGAUUCCAUGGUCUGGGCGCCUUCGAGGAGGAGAUCAUAUCCGAGGACCAGCCCAUCUCAACGAUGGCCAGCUGGACCACUGGCGAGGAUGAUAGCGAUAUUCGUCCUGUCGUCAACAAGCGACCCAAUCAGAUGAACAAGAACAAGAAUCAGAAGAUUAAGAACCAGAAGAAUCAAAACCAGAAGAAUCAAAACCAGAAGAACAAGCAACAGCAGCAGAAGAAGCGCAAGCAGGAGGCUCAAGGUGAAGAGCAGCCUGCUAAGAGGAAGCAGAAAAAGCCGCAGCAGGAUAAAGGCCAAAAGAAGAAGCAGGAUAAGGAUCAAAAGAAGAAGAAGCCUGAGGAGAAUUCGGAUAAUCAGGAGAUGGAUCAACUUACCCCGGUUGAUGUGAUCAAGAAGCCAGUGGCUAUGGAGUCGUCUUCUGCAGUUGCUGCCUCUUCUUCGUCUACAAGCACUAGCGGCAGCAAUUCUUCGGCCAGCAAUUCUACAGAUCAGAAGAAACAGAAGAAGAAGAAGCAACCCAGCAGCAACAGCAGCAGCAGCAGCAGCAGCAGUCUCAGCCAGCGUAAGACCAAGAAGAAGAAGAAGCAGUCUAGCAGCAGCAACAUCUCCAGCAGCAACAGCAACAGGCGUCGCCGACCCAGCAGCAACAUGGGCUCUUCUUCCGGUUCUUCCGGCAGCAGUUCCUCCAUUGGAGGCUAUCGUCGCCGUCGUCCGCAGCAGCAGUUGCAGCAGCAACGUCGCCGCAAGACGCAACAGCAGCAGAAGCGUCGCCGCCAGCAGCAACAACAGAAGCGUCGCCGCCAGCAGCAACAGAAACGCCGGCGAUUGCAGAACAAGAAUCGGCAAUUCUACGGCGAUGAGCCCAUCAUCAAUUGCAUUUACAUCAACAAGGAUCCACCGACCACCACCACGCCGCGUCCCUUCUGGAAUAUCCUGGGCCGCCAAUCGGAAACGGACGCUUCAUCGAAAUCGGUGAAUCCCGUACCGGAGUCUUCUGCCGCCUCUUCCGAAGAAUCCCAAGUGGAUCCCGUGGCCCAGCAGGCGGUUCUUCAGGCCGUGCGUCGCAACUUCGGCGACUUCGGUGGACGUAAGCGCACCAAUCUGCGAUUCGUCUCCUAG